AUGUUAAGGCUUGGAAUUACGCCUGUCGCUUGCUUACGGGCAGCGAAGAGAGGCCCUACGAGGGCCUCUCCUGCACUCAAAGUGCGGAGAAUUCUCUUUCACUCUGGGCCAAGGUGUGCGUCGAAGGAGAUCAAGGACGAUAUGGUAGGAAAACCCCAAGAUGGUUAUGAAAUUGAACAGAACAAAUUAAAAUCUAGAUACAAUGAGAAGGAUUUUUCUCAACGCGAGCAUAUACAUAUGAAGGAAUCCGAGACUGAGGAAAACGACUCAUUUCAGCUCGGCUCAAUGCUUCAUCGAGAAGGAUUUGGUCACCAUCAUCAUCAAAACACAAGCGGAACUGCCCCUAAGAAUCCACUUUUGAUCAUGAGUGCUAAGGAGUUUAGACAAAACCCAGGCGUGCGUAUUACAUGGGUAGGAUUGUUGAUAAAUGUCGGAUUGGCGUUGGGGAAAUUCGUCGGCGGCAUUGUGUUCCACUCUCAAGCCCUGGUGGCUGAUUCUGUGCAUGCUGCUUCUGAUCUCAUAUCAGAUUUUCUGACGCUUUUCUCAGUAGGUUUGGCUUCCAGAAAGCCAAGCUCUGACUUUCCUUACGGGUACGGUAAAAUUGAGACCUUAGGAUCACUGGCUGUUUCCUCUAUUUUGGCUACCGCAGGACUGUCAAUUGGGUGGACCUCACUUACUGCCGUAGCAGGUCCUUUACUUCCGCAUGCAAUUCUGGAAUUUUUCGUCGGCCACGGACAUUCGCAUUCUCAUAGCAUUGCACAGGACGUUACCAAUAUCAACGCGGCAUGGAUUGCCGGAGGUUCAAUCUUAGUGAAGGAGUGGAUUUUCAAGGCUACGAAGAAGGUGGCUGAACAGACUAACUCCAACGUUUUGCUGGCAAACGCGUGGCAUCAUCGCGUUGACUCACUGACUUCUUUAGUUGCGCUCGUGACAAUUACUUCCGGAUACUUUCUCAACAUCCAGACUUUGGAUGCCUUUGGUGGUCUCAUCGUCUCUGUUUUGGUUUUGAAGGCCGGGAUCGACGGUUGCUCUGGUGCCAUCAAGGAGCUUAUCGACAAGUCUAUACCCCACAAUGAUCCCCGUUAUAAGGAUAUCGAAGACGUUACAAGGGAAUUGCUUUCUCAAAUGAUAUCUAACAAUAAUGCAAAAAAGCCAUACUCGAUAGCCGAUCUAGUCGUUUUGACGUCAGGUCCUAAUAUACAUGCAAAAUUGGUAUUGGAAGCUCCCAUUCAGAGAUGGGAGAACGUGUUAACUUUAAAAGAAUUUGAAAUUGUCACUGAUCAUCUCCGUGGUACUCUUUACCAAAACGUGCCUAAUUUAAGAAAAGUUGACGUUGAAUUUAUUGAGGAGAAACCACAACUGACUGACGAAGAAGCCGCUGAAAUUGAAAAACAGAAAAAUAUGGGACAACCACCGCUACCGAACACAGAGACCCAAGCGACCCGACCCCAUCAGCAAUGUGGCCAUAAUCAUUCUCAUUUCGGGCUUGACAAACACAUUCACAAACACUAG